GCUCACAAUGUUGUUUUUGUGGUUAAGUUUUUUUGUUUUUGUUUUUUGAAAUGUAAUGUUUUUACAUUCUAUUUCAAUAAGGUAGCUGAAGAUGCAUUAUUGUGCACAUUAAUGGGCCGAUGAGAAAUGCUGGCAGUAUAUACUGAUGCACCAGGAGGACCAGAAAACCUUUAUUUAAAAAAGGUGCCUAGGCCUGAGCCAGGAAACAGAGAUGUUCUUAUAAAAGUCCGUGCCAGCGCUCUGAACAGAGCUGACUUAUUGCAGAGAAGAGGAAGGUACCCUCCUCCUCCAGGAGCCAGUACAAUAUUGGGUCUGGAGGCUGCUGGGGAUGUAUCAGGUCUGGGAGCUGGCUGUAGGGGCUCAUGGUCGGUAGGAGACAGGGUCAUGGCACUGCUGUCAGGAGGAGGGAAUGCACAGUAUGUCACAGUGCCAGAAGAUCAUGUGAUGGCAAUUCCCAAUCACAUGACCUUCUCCCAGGCCGCUGCUAUUCCCGAGGCCUGGCUGACAGCCUAUCAACUGUUGCACCUUGUAGCUGAAGUACAAAAGGGGGAGACAGUGCUUAUCCACGCUGGAGCCAGUGGCGUUGGAACAGCCGCAAUUCAACUGUGCCGCUUGGCAGGAGCUGUUCCCAUAGUAACAGCAGGCAGCCCUGGCAAACUGAAGAUGGCAGCAGAGCUUGGGGCAGCCGCCGGGUUUAACUAUAAAGAGGAGGAUUUCUCUGAAAAUACCCUGGCAUUCACAAAGGGUCAUGGUGCGAAUGCUAUACUAGACUGCAUCGGUGGAUCCAAUUGGGAGAGGAACGUGAAGUGCCUAAGUACUGAUGGCAGAUGGGUAGUGUAUGGGAUGAUGGGAGGAAGUGAAGUGCAUGGAGAUAUUCUGGGAAAGCUGCUGUUUAAAAGAGGACGUCUCCUUACUUCUCAUUUGAGGUCACGCAGCAUGGAGUAUAAAGCCAAUCUGGUGAAAUCUUUUAGAGACAAUGUGCUGCCACACUUCUCACCCGACUUACCAACUCCACUUCAGCCAGUAAUUGACUGUGUCUUCCCAAUGGACCAGAUCGCCGAUGCACACAGUUACAUGGAAGCCAACAAAAACACUGGCAAAAUUAUAAUAAGCAUAGAUCCUUCAACAUAACAAUAAUCCUGAAAUCCAGUAUAUUUGUGAUAUAAUAGAAUAUAACUUGAUCUAAAAAAUAAUUAACAUUACGUAAUGAAUAAUAACUGCACGUUAUGUAAUAGAAUAUGAAUAAUGUAUGACAUGUUAAAAUAAAAUACACUUACAUUCUCUUAUGUUAUUUUAUCACUGAAAGAGAUUUCAAAUGAACAGAACAUGCUAAUAUACAGUAUGCUGCUAGUACAUCAUGAACAUGGUGUAUUUAUGUGUUAAUGGCUACCUCUAACCAAGUUGAGAGCGUUCUUUAUUUUGCACUCUUUGUAUGACAGACCCAAGUGUGUGAGAAAUAAACUCUCAACUUGUUUAGACGUAGCCACCGAACACUAAUAAAAAUACAGUACAUGAAUAUGUGUGAAAGAAUUGUGUGAAAGCCAAGCUGUAGUAUCCUUUCUUUUCGCAAAGCAGGCAGAGGCACUGUUUCUUAGAUAAAGAAAUCUUUUAGUCUCAGACAUUGAUGCUGAUUGUUCUUUCAAAUGCCUUCUGGAUGUACAUGCCUAUAAAAAAAUAAGGAACAGUGAAUAAAAAGUUUGGCUCUGA